AUGACGGUGACAGUGCGCCACGUGCUGUUUGUGCUUUCCCUCGCGCUGUGCUGCGGGUGCGUGGCGGCGGUGCAGCAGGAUCAGAUGCCUGGCAUCAGCGCUGAUGCGCUCUCCGACGAACCGGAUGCAGUGAGUGAAGGGGCAGAAGAAAAAGUGACGGCUGUAGAUGAAGAGCUCGCGAAGGCUAAGAGUGCAUUGGAGAAGGUAAACAAGGAAGUUGAAAGAACAGAGAGGGCGCUGCGGGAUGCAACAGCAGCACGUGAUGGAGCGGGGAAGAUAGACGUGAAGGGAAAUGAAUUCUGGAAGGCCGGUCUAGCAGUAAAGACUACCCAAUCGGAUCGUGAUCAGGCUAUUUGGGAAAGGGACCAGAUACAAACGCUUGUGCAGAAAAUCGAGACCUUAAAGCAACAAGCUACAGUUGUUGAGGGAGCAAGUGACGCUGAGCAGAAGCGCUUGGGCGAGGCCAAAAAGGCGGCAGCAGACGCUGAAUCGCUGGCCAAACAAACCGAGAAUCAUGCGAGUCAUGCAGAGAAGGCGGCACGUGCGGCUGAAGCGGAGCUUGAGAAGGCUCGGCAGGCGGAGGUAGAAAAAGAGAGAGCGAAACAUGCGCGGCCUCCGGUGACACCACAGGGAGACGCUGCCAAAGGCGGUACGCGUGCAGCAGGUGCUGAUAAUAAGGAGCAGCGCUCUGAUGGCAACGAAUCACACGAAGCACUGUAUGGCAACGGAGCCGAGGAUGCAGUGGCUGCAGGUCACGAUGAAGCACUAAAUGCUGCAACAGAAACCAGCGUGCCUGGUGGAGCAGGCGAGGGCCACACCAAUGGGCAGAGUGCGCAGGGGCCUGCCGGGGGAGAAGGAACACCUGACACUGCAGCGGGGUCCACACACAACGCCCAGUCGAUUGGUGCGGGCAUCAGCAGUAACGUGGGGGCGGACGGCAGCGACACUCACACGUUGGUGUGUGCCCCACUGCUGCUGGUGGUGCUGGCUACGCUGGCCUGCGGUGCUGUGUGA